GUACCACAGGACCCCACCCACAGAUUGGGAUCUUACCUGGUUGUAACAAAACGCUCCCCUGUGUGGUUUAAUACUACUUAUUCAUAGGUAUAUUAUACUUAUAUUAUAACACAGUUUGGUUCGGUCACUUAAUUCCGACAAGUGGCGCUCUCGUGUCGGGCUUUGUACCCCUGUUCCUCACCCCCCUCAGAUCGACUCUGUUACCGAGAGACCGGAGGACCCUGCAGCCGCAACCGGACUUUGUUACCGCCGGAGACCAGAGGAAUCCGCGGCCACAGCCCGCCACCAUGCCUCAUUACCUGGAAGACCCCUCGGUCCUCACCAAGGAGAAGCUGAAGAACGAGCUGCUUAUCAACAACGUGGAGCUGCCUGUCUCCAGCGCCCCGAAGGACGUGUACGUCCAGCUGUACCUGAAGCACCUCACGGUGCAGAACACGAUGAGCGGGGGGGCCCUGGACGGGGGAACCACCCUGGACGGCUUUUCCAGCGACGAGGACCUGCCCCCGCCCGUGGUCGUGAGCCGCUCCUCCGGACGGAAGGCCAUCCGGAAGACGGACAAGGUCCAAAUGGAGGACCUGGAUGUGGCGGAGCUGACGGCUGAGGGCCUGAAGGAGGAGCUGAUGAAGUACGGCGUGGACGCAGGCCCCAUCGUGGCGUCGACCCGUCGUGUUUACGAGAAGAAGCUGCAGAGACUGCAGGAAGAAAACAUCUCUCCAGCAACGCAUGAACUCCCGCCCAUCGUCAUGGAGACAGAGGUCCACCACAACGGACACGCUGACCUGGACUUCAGCGACAAGGAGGACGAGGAGGUCCUGGUGGUCCCCGUUCCUGAACCAGAGGUGAUCCCGGAGCCGGAGCCGCUCCCCGAGCCCAUCCCCAUCGUGGAGAGACUGGUCCGCAGCCGGGGGAAGAUCCCCGUCACCACCAGGACACGGAGCAGCCAGCACCACAAGACCAGCGAUGCCUCAGUGGACGAGGAGGUUCUGAAUGUUAAACGCCCAAAACGCAGGACGUCGUACCGGGUCCAACUGGUUCCCAGCCUCGCCUGUCGAACCGUUGGGCCUAACAAUGUGGGCUCUGUACUGGAGCCUGAGCCUCAGCCCCGCCCCCUGGUCAGUAUGACUCAAACAGACCCCGCCUCCUCUCCAUCCCGCAACACCCAGGACCAGAGCAGAAGGACCGCUCCUCCUCCUCCUCCUCCUCCUCCUCUGCUGAUGAAAGGAACUCUUGACACGGCCGUGUUUGAGGGACCUCAGCCGGCCGCCCAUACUCUUUCUCGGAGAGCAGUUCUGUUAAGACCUCUGAUCGAACGGUUUGACCUCACCCCCCCGGCUUCUCCCAAGACCCAAAGACCCGCCCUUCCUCCUGUAUUCUCUGUGGGGGGGGAGCAGGCGGCCCCUUGCACCCCAGUUCUGGAGCGAAUCAACGACCAUGUGGAGAAGGGGAAGCGGCACAGAAUCUCUCCCUUCUUCCCUGACCUCAGUCCGGUCAGGAGGCGCGGCUGUGUGGCAGUCAUUACCAAGCAACCGUACUUCGACAAGGUGGAGAAGGUGGUGGUUGCAGAACAGACCCAGAGAGCCGAAGUGAGGGACAUCCUGAAGGAAGUAUUUGCCAACGAUUUCAACAGUCCUUCUGGAAUCAUCGCUUCUUGUCGAAAGCCCAUUCGCGGUGCGGCCGGACGCCCCAUCCAGCCCAGCGACUUCUGGCAGGACGAGAACCUGCUGCUCUCCCCGAAGAACCUCUCCACCACCACCACCACCACCACCAGCUUCUCAGAGACCCGCCACAGAUCCUCCAACCUGUUCCCCUCCACCCACUCCUCUUCCUCCUCCUCCUCAUCCUCCGCAGCCCCCGCAGCCCCCAGACUGGUCCUCGCAGCACCCCCUGCUGGCCACGCCCCCGCAGCGCGCCGCGGCCUCUCCGUCUGGCUGAAGCUCUUCCUCCUGGUUCUGCUGGUGGCCUUCCUCUUCUUCGUCUACCAGACCAUGGAGGCCGAAGUCUUGAGUCCGUUCAGCCGCUCGGAGGCGGAGCCGACCGGAACCACAGAGGGCGUGGCUUAGAACACCCAGAAAAAGGCUCCAAAAAAUGUGUGUGGGGGGGGGGGGGGGAAAUACAGUUCGCUUUAUUUUUGUUUGUGAAUCAGUCAACUAUCUAAGUCUAUAUUCCAGUGUUUUUCCAGCCUACUCAGUCUUGAGGAUGUAAGCAUAAAGGCUAGCGUGCCACUAGCUUCGUGGUGUGAGUAAAUGAACACAACGUGACUCUGGUCUCCGGACCUCGAUCCAACAAGGCCGCCGUUUCCCAAUUCACGCUUUUUCCUAAGUGUCGAUUUGUUUGUGUAUUUGUUUUGAUAAUGGGGAUGAAUAUUUUAUCUUCAUGUGUCGAUUUUCUGUUGCUAUUAUAUCCUGCUUCAACAGAAUUUGAAUUGUUUGUUUUAUGCAAUAGGGAGAAUUGACAUUUCCCAAUGCAUGUCUUUGAAUUGUAUUUCUUUAACUAAUAUGAUAUUCUCAUUUAUUUUGAAAAUGUAUGAUUUCGUUCCCGUUUAUUUCUUUUUUGAAUUAUGUAAACUCAACAUACAAAUUAUGAAAUAGCUACAAAUAAACGUUAUUGGAUUAACAUGCCCGAAUGAUAAUUUGUUCAUCCAAAAAAAAUGCCAGUAAUCUGUCCUAGCCAACUGAUUUUUGCAAAUAGCCUUUUACUAAGAGGUCAAACAUUAAAAAUAAUUUAACAUCGCAUCAUAUAAAUGCCGCAAAAUAAAUAUCGACAAAAUUUAGAGCUCGUGCUAGGAAAA